CAUGUUAUGACACAUUUCCAGUUUGAUUUUAAGUAUAUCGGGCUAAAUUUUAAAUUACUUAUACUUACCUUAAACAGUUUGAAAAAUGUAGCGAGCUUGGUUUAUUCAUACAAAUAAUAUAUUUCUGUGGGUGUCGCCGCCGCGGGCAUGACGAAGGAGCAGGCGCACGCGCAGGUAGACCCUUCGGACGGACAGAGAAGGGUGUAUGCGAUCUCUCGCUCGCACCACGUGGUGGGGACGGCUGCGGCUGGGCGCGGGCGUAUGCUUGCCGUCUGUGCUACAUUUUAUUUAGUUAUAACCGUUCUCUGGCGCCGAAGCGCUGUCGAUUUGAGCGCAACGUCUGACCACUGUUUAUCAAUAGUGUUUCGAUAAGAAAAGUCAACAGAUGAGUGAAAAGGUGUUUAGGGUUUCGCAAGCUUAUCGGUGCGUUGCGCCAGCCGCCUCUGGCAUGGCUCCGCGCAGAAUGUUUAAGGCUGCAGCUGUGCUGAUAACUCUGGGAUACUGCAGCUUAUUAGUAUACCAAGGCGGCGUUACUUUCAACUUCCAAGAAAGUCGCGCGGGAUCUGUGCAAGUGUCUGAUUUAUCCAUAGAACCUGUCAGGACAACCGUAUAUGACAGUGUACAUAAAAAUAUAACGUUAGAUGACAUUUUUAUAAGUGUGAAGACAUCUAAACAUUAUCAAUAUUCACGGUUGCCGAUUAUAUUGAAGACGUGGUUCCAGUUGGCAAAGGAUCAGACAUGGUUCUUCACAGACACAGAUAACCCGCAACAUCAACGUCAAACAAACGGGCACAUGGUAAACACGAAUUGUUCUGACUCACAUCAGCGAAAACAUCUAUGCUGUAAAACAUCCGUGGAGUACGACCAUUUUCUAGAAAGCGGUAAAAAGUGGUUCUGCCAUUUCGACGAUGACAACUACGUGAACGUGCCUCGUCUGGUCACCGUUUUACAAAAGUACAAUCAUCAAGAAGACUGGUACUUGGGACGGCCAUCUGUCAACAAGCCGCUUCAUAUUUAUAACAAGCCUACUGAAAAGCUGUUGUUUGCAUUCUGGUUCGCCACGGGUGGUGCCGGAUUUUGCAUAAGCAGGAGUUUGGCUUUGAAAAUGUUACCUGUUGCGAGUGGAGGCCGGUUCAUCAGUGUUUGUGAAGGCAUACGGUUACCAGAUGACGUCUCCAUGGGUUUUAUAAUAGAGCAUCUGAUGAAGAAAAAUUUAACUUUAGUACCGGAGUUUCAUUCACAUUUGGAGCAGAUGAAGUUGCUGCCAAUGGAGACAUUCCGCGAUCAAAUCUCUUUUAGUUAUUCGGGGCCAAAGGACAAAAUGAAUGUUAUCAAUGUGCCGGGAUUCGACACGAGAUAUGAUCCGACUAGGUUCCUGUCGUUGCAUUGUUUCCUAUUUCCCCACUUCAAGUUCUGCCCAAGAUAACGUUUGAA